CUCUGUCUCUUUGCGUGCCUUGCUCGCCCAUCGAUAUGGAUGGCUUGCCACACACGCAUGGUCCGUCGGUCGAUCGGCCACUCUCCUCACCUUUCAGGAGGGAGGGAGGGAGCAUUCAUCCAUCAAUCCAUUCAUCCAUACAGGUCAGUCAGGUUCAUUGCCAACAACACACACACACACACACAUAUACAUACACACAGUCGUCACUAGGAGGAGCGAUUCAAGAUGGCCAUGAAUGGGGGAGGGUAGGGGGACAGGCAGGCAGGCAAGCACACGGGGGUCUUCCCAAAGGAGCCGCCUCUGUUUGUAGCACUUGUUCGGGCACCACACGGAUGGCUGUCCAAGAUAACCUUCGGGAGAAGGUCAUCGGGAUGGCCGUCCUUUGGCUUCUCGAACAAGCGCGACGAAAGCAAGAGGGAACUCCGCACACAGAAGUGGGCACUCGUCCGAGAAAAUUGGCGCUCACUGCGAUAAAGAGCAUCCCCUUCAGACUGCUACAGCGCCACUCAAAGACAGACAGACAGACGGACAGACAGACAUUUCGCCACUCUCACGCGCAGUUCAGCAUAGCCCACAGUCGAUCGAUCCAUCGAUCCAUCACGACUGCGAAAAAUUCGCACCCCCGCCGGCCUAUCACUCUCUUUUCGCCCACCCCGCAGAGCCCGCCAGCUGCACUCGCCCCCGCCAAAGCAACACAAAGAGGGGAUUAGACACAUAGGUCAUGACAUGAGUGGGAGGGGUGGUGGAGCAGGCAGGUUAGGUGCGGCUACAGCAGCACUCAGCCAGCCAUUGCGCAAAAUGGCCAUCCAUCCAUCGAGGCCACGAAAAAGCUCCCGGAACAGAGAAAGAGAAAGGGUGAAGGCAAUAGGAAAGGAAUAGAUGGCGAGGCCGCGACGAUCGGCGCCCUUAGGUCAGCGGAUCUGUUGGGACUUGCCAAAGACGAUCGACAGCAGGGCCAUGCGCACGUACAAGCCGUUCUGAAAUGACGACAGGGACCACACAUGGAGUCACUGAUGCAGUCAGUCACUGAUGCGUUUGCGAGGUCUGGGCUUGGUUUGUACGUACAAACCUGUGCCUGUUCGAAGUAUGCCUGUCUGUGGUUCCUGUCGACGUCGGGGUGGAUCUCAUUCACGCGCGGCAGCGGAUGCAAAACCUGCGGGGCGGAGGAUGGUGGUACUUACUGCGGUGAAUGCCUUCAUUUCAUUCGCCGGCUGUGUCGUGUCGUCUGUCUUACUUUGCAGUGUUGGGGUGCGAACUCGUCGAGCAGCUCCGACGUCAGGAUGUACGAUGACUUGAAACGCUGCACACACGCACACAGAGACACACACAAGGGACUGUUCUGUGUGCCCCGCCGGUUGGCUGUCAGAUUGUGCGGUGCGAGAGGGGUGUCGCCCACCUCGUAUUCCUCCUUGUUGGAGAACCUCUCUGCCUGCACGCGUGUCAUGUAGAGCACGUCGACUUUGUCCAGCACCUCGCGAAUGUUGCGGUGGCUCGUCUGACGCCCGUCGGGCUUCAGACCCUGAACACACACACAUCACCCCACCCACAAUGAUUGUCAGGUGACUGCGCUGCGUGGCAGGGCAGGCGAGCAGGUCGCUCACGUACGUUGAUGCGGAACAUGUGCUCGACCGUCUGCUGCAACUCGUCGGGCAUCUCCAGACCAUCUGUUGAUGGUAAACGUGGACACACGCAAGGGUGUUCCAGCGCUCCCUGUGUGUAGAGGUGGCUCAUUGCCUACCAGGUGCAACGUAUCUGAGGUAGACAUUGUAUCUGGAGAGCAGCUUGACCAGCGAGUGGACUGUGCGGCCGUGCCGGAGGUCGCCCACACACCCAACACGCAGUGGCUGAACAAACCAUACCAACCACAGCAACAAGCAAACAGCAACAUAGCACAGCCAAUGAGCGCCACAGUCAUGACAGGCAGGCCUCAAGUGUGUGUGCAUACCUGUCCCAGUUCGUUAUCGAGCAGGUAUGGGAAAAACCACGAUAUGGUAAAGAAGUCGAGCAGCGCCUGCGUGGGGUGCUCGCCGGUGCCAUCACCUGCAUUGAGGACAGGCACGCUCGACGCCUUCACCGCACGAACCGCUGAACCCUGCACGCAGCCAGCCAGGCAGGCAGGCAAAGAGCAAACCAGGCGGGUGUUUGCCAUGAGCCAGUCGAGUGUGGGUGGGUGUCUUUGUGUUUGUGACCUCCUUUGGGUGUCUGAUGACGAUGGCGUCGGAGUAUGAGCACAUCAUCAUGAUGGUGUCCUCCAAGGUCUCGCCCUUCGACACACUGCUAUUCCCAACCUGACGCACAACACACACACACACACACACACACACACUCGGCGCGAUAUCGGUGGUGCAAUCGUUGCAGCGUACAUCUAGUAUGGACACGACGUCACCGCCCAGUCGCUUCAUGGCGGCCUCAAACGAGCAACGCGUCCGAGUGGAGGGCUCGAAGAACAAGUUAGCCAAUAUCUUACCCUGCACACAGUCACCGGCACACAGACACGAUGCCUCACACUCCCUCCCGCGCGUGUGGAUCCACACCCACCUUGAGAAUAUCCGUCGAUCCCCUCUGCUUGACCAGGGCGCGGCAUCUGUGCGCCACCUUCAUGAUGGUCUCCACCUGGUCCUUGCUGAGCUCAUCCACCGACACCAACCCCGUGUGCGGCAGCGCCUUGGACUCCCGCUCAUCGCCGCGUGAUCGCAGAGUGCGGAAGAUGCCCCAGAUGAUGUACAGGGCCGUGGCCGACGUCGCCGCCACCGCAACGCCCUCUACCAGCAAAGAAAACGUGUCCAUCUCGAGAGCGAUAUGCC